GAGGCAUGCAUGCGCUGAGGAGCGGGAGGAGGAGGGCGCGCUCAUUAGAGGUCACUUAUUGGACAGCGGCGUGAAACACUAGAAGCUCCACUAAUGGACCCCCUAUGACUUGGGGGGUGUUUUUACUAGCAACAUCCCGACAGUAUAAAGGCAGGUCAAAAAAAAUCUGGACCAUAUAUGUGCUCCUUCUAUGAGGUCUGCUCUGAGGUCAUCUGCGGUUGUGUAUCCCAGUCUACUUUGCAUUUAUACAGUUCCUAGACAGAAUGAGUUGUCCAUCAUCUGGUCAGCAGGGUAACAGUAUAUGGCCAUGCCAGGGCACUCAGCAACCAGGAGCACCAGGCUGGCCAGCCCAACCCUGCCAACCGUGCUGGCCAUCUCAGCCCAACCAGCCUACCUGGCCUGGAAUGCAACCAUGUGCACCGAACUGGCCACCAAACCAACCAGCACCACCCAGCCAGCAGGGCUGGCCUGCUCCUCCAACAACUCAACCUAGCCAACCAAGCCAACCUAGUCAACCCAGUCUACCUGCCCCAGCAAGCCAGCCAAGCCAGCCAAGCCAACCUAGCCAGCCCAUCCAGCCCAACUGGCCUGCACAGCUUCCUCCGCCAACAGGGUACCUUCCCACCCAUCCAGGGUGGCCUGGGCAGCCUGGAUGGCCCGGUCAAAGCCCCACAGGAGGUCAGCAGCAGCCAUGGCCACCAACUCCAUCUACAGGCCCUGUGUCUAUGCCAUUCAACAUGAAUUUCCCCAGAGGUAUAUAUGACAAGCUGAUGCUUACAAUAAGGGGGCAGGUUAAGCCUGAUGCUAAAAUGUUCACAGUGAAUUUCCUGCGUGGUAAUGAUAUCGCCUUGCACAUCAACCCUCGCUUCAAUGAAAGGGGGAAGCAGGUUCUUGUCCGCAACCACAAGCUGGGAGAAAAAUGGGGGAUUGAAGAAAGGAACCUUCUAGGACCAUUUCCAUUUGCUGCUGGACAACAUUUUGAGAUGAAGAUCCUCUGCUCAAUCAAUGAAUUCAAGGUGGCGGUCAAUAACACACCCCUCUUUGAAUUCAAGCACCGCAUCAGAGAGGUUAACCAAAUCGACCGUAUCAACAUCCUGCACGACGUCAGUCUAACUUCAGUCAACGUGGACACACUGCCCUGAGUGUCAGAUACUGCUUGCUUUACCAGCCCCUCUGCAUUUGCCUUCUGCACAGGGCUGCAAGGCAAGAGUCAGAACUCCAUGGUUUACCCUGAUGUCAACUAAUAGUGUACAGUUAAACAGUUAACCUCUGCAUUUAUGUUCCAAUACAGCAAAUAUUCAUUAUAGAGACUGGAUUUUUUUUUUUUUUUUUUUUUUUUUUUUUAAAAUGGACAAAACCCUUUUCUAUACAUACUCCAACAUUCCAGAGCUUAUAACCCUAAUGCUCUCCCUGUUUCAACUGAACAUUGCUCUCAUUUUUAUACACAUUCACCUCACAAAAUGUAAUUUUCAAGUUUUUCAACAUAAAGUGUAAGAUUGUGAAGAUCUAAUUUUUUCUCAGGUGAGCUAUAAUCUAUAAACAUUAUGUACCUUUAUAAUCCACAAAGCACAUAUUAUCCAUGGAAAAUAUGUUUGUGAAGUACUAAUCUUAUUUAACAUGUGUCAGGACUACAAGCCGAAGUUCAAAUGAGACUUAAUUUCAUUAAAACUGAAUUUAUGUCUUCAUUUUGUUUUAUUAAUAAGAACAUACUAUGACCAGCAGUUGAAAGCCAUGGUACAGAAAUCACAAGUAACCAAAACACACAAAUCAUGCUCUCAAACAUUCAAGGCCUGACACACUCACAGAAUUACUAACUUAAUUACAUCCUCCAGGACGACACUUUAAAACUUUAUUCAAUAAAAAUACAAAUCCAGCUUGUAUCUGAAGACACAUGUACAUAAUACAUGUAAACAAACAAACAAACAAACAAACAAACAAACAAACAAACCAAAACAAAACAAAA